AUGUUAUACAAUAUACAGCCCUCAGCCUUCCGCCGUCUCGCAGCAGACCACGCCGUCCUCCACGACGACCUCCCCCCAAACUACCUCUUCCCACCCGAUGACUCCUCCGACGACCUCACCCAACUCUACAUUCUCCUCGCCGGUCCGCAGGGCACACCAUACACGCAAGGAUUAUGGCGGUUACAUCUGAAGAUUCCAGAGGAUUAUCCUAAAAGUCCGCCGAAGGCGACGUUCCGGACGAGGAUCUGGCAUCCGAAUGUGGAGGAGACGACCGGAGCAGUUUGCGUGGAUACGUUGAAGAGGGAUUGGAAGCCGGAGUUGACGUUGAGAGAUGUUCUGAUUACGAUAUCGUGUUUGUUGAUUUAUCCCAAUCCGGACUCUGCAUUGAAUUCAGCGGCUGGUGCGCUGCAACAGGAGGAUUAUGAAGCUUUUGCGCGCCAGGCUAAGGUCAUGACGUCAAUCCAUGCGUCGGUUCCCGCGGAUAUGAAAAAUGCAGUGAUGGAGGCGAAGUUAAGAGGCGAAGAGGCUGGAGCAAUCAUCCAAGAACAACAAGAGGAUUCGCGCACACUGCAAACACGGAAAGGGAAAAAGGUGCAAUCGGUGACGAUGAAGAAGAAGGGCAACACUGCACAAACACAAUCAGCACAGCAAUCAUCACUCUCACCCUUACCACCAUCGACCACCGACCAAGACGAAAUCAUGACAUCCUCCGACGCCGAGAAUGAAAAUGACGAAAACAGUACCAUCGAAAGCAAAGAAAACGACCCCUCCCUCUCCCCUUCCCCCGUCAAAUUCGCUCCCCCAAGCCCCCGCAAAAACGCCCACGGCAAACGCCCCCUCUCCGUUCUCACAAUGCCCCUAGACCACGCCCACUUUUACUCCCACCUCCACGACCAAACUUCACCCCCGCCAACAAUGAUGGACACGGACGAAGACGGAAUAAUGAUGACCGCUUCGGAGAAGAACAUCGCAGCUAAUGCCAACUACCAAGAGUCAAUACCAGAAGAAGACGAAGACCGGGGAGAUGCUUCACCGCGACGCAAAUCACCAAAACUCUCUACCCUGAACAAAGGCGUCAAUGCAUCGGGCCGGAUCCGUGACGAAAUUUUCGAAGAUACACCCUCUACACCUUCAACACACCACUGUUGUACCAAAAUAACCGGGAAAGAGAAUCACGAUUAUGAUACCCUUGCCGAUGCGAACAAGGAACCCGGUAAAGCGGCGCGGAGGAAUUACUACAGCGCUAACGCGACUACGAACCCUAAUCUUAAUACUCAUCUCAUUCCUACAUUAUCAUCCGCCUCUUCGUCUGCAUCCGCUUCUCUUUCUGCAGCCCCCGCUACCGCUCCAACCAGUUUGAAGGGUGCCAAGGCCAAAGGUGCUACGAGGUCCGUCCCUGGAACUAGAAAGGUGUCUAAGCCGCGGAUUGGACUUAGGAGGUUAUAA